AUGACUACCAUCAGAGCGAUGGUUACUGAGCGUCAGGCCAAUGACUUCAUGGCUGUCCACGAUGAUAUAACUGCCUGGCAGGACAUCAGGAACCAGUACAGAAUCUCUGGGAAAGAGGUCUCUCCGGCAAUCGCAGCCCUCACAAGUUGGAUCGAAACCCAGCUCGAGGAAGCAAUCGGCGCCAUAUACGACGGCAAAUUGGAGAAAGCGCGCGUCUAUGGUAACAGGAUGCGGUACGGAAUUAGGGCUUUCGAACAGUUCACGCGCGAGGAGGCACUGUAUGGAGGCCUCGUCAUGGAACUCAGGCAGAUCUUGAGAGACCACGACCUGAUGGAGGACCUCCGCUGUAGCGCCGAACAACUGCCAGUACUAUGUGCCAAAUACGACGUGAAGAGAAUCACGCCGCAGGAAAUUCAGGACGCACAAGAUCAGCAGGGCUGGAGGGUGGCCACGAAUUGGUCUGACCUGAUCCAGGAUGUCGAUCGAGAGCGGUGUCGCUCCGCCGAGUGGAAUCGUUGCUACGGAAGGUACGAGGGACGUGGCUGGCGAAGCACGCCUUUCGAAUGUCCGCCAAAACCGAAAACGCCCUUCUCAAAUGUGGCGCGGGCAGUUAUCGACCUUUGCCUCGAGGAGGUCAAUGAGGAGGAUAACUGGGAGUCCGUCGUGGACAUUGUACGAGAACAUUGUCGACACCGGUAUAAUUUGGUGUAUUCGAUUACCCGAAUUACCGAACGGAAACGACACGACGGAAAGUUCUUGCAGAAACCCAUUACUUGGCUGGGCGAUGCGAGACUACGGCUUCUGGGGAGUAGAAGGUUGACGAUAUGA